UCUGAGAAGACUGCUAAUGACGUACUGUAUGAGUUAACAUUCCCAUGUGAUUUAUCAGCAGCUUUAUGACCUGCUUGCACAUAUUUGACCAGCCCAAAAGCAAACCGUGUUAACAGUACGGGUAUGACUGGGAGACACAGCCAUAGCUAAACACAGGAUGCUGUUGAGGAACUCUACAGGCUCAGAGGACCUGUUGGGAAACAGCAGUGACUCUGGGCUGAGCAAUGUGGAGCAGGUCCUCGUGCCAGUGCUAGACGUUCUGGUUCUGCUGCUGGGAGUUGGAGGACACACCAUGGUGAUGGUGAUACUGUGUGGGAGACGAAGGAGGGGGGCGGGACAGUCUCCUCAGAGCUCCCUGACGGGCACAGGAACAGACGCCCUCCUGCUGGCUCUGAGCGCUGCCGACCUGCUCCUGCUCUCCAUGCUUCCCUUCCACACUGUUGCCAUAGCAAUGCAGCAAUGGCCGUUCGGGGACGUCAUGUGUCGUCUGGUUGGCUUCUUGGGAUCGGCCUGCUCAUCCGCCAGCGUUUUCACUAUGGCUGCACUGGCUGUCUCUCGCUAUCUGACUGUGGUGCACCCUGCCAGAGCGUAUAGCCUCCUCUCCCCUCGCCGGGUGUCUGUUGCUGCUGCACUCCUCUGGGUGCCUGCCUGCUGCCUGGCUGCUCCCCAGCUUGUUUUUCGCUAUGUGGGGACCCCAGGUGGAACCCCUGACAGCCUUGCUUGCUUUGCUUUCUUGAUCCACCGAGACCAGCUGAUCUAUGGAUUAUUUCACUUCUUGGUGGCCUUCAUGUUUCCACUGGCCACCAUUGCAGCAGCGUACGGCAGAAUCUACAUGUUUUUGUGGCUGAGUCAGCAGAGCGGCAGGGCCCCUCAAGUGGAACGCUACCAGAAAAAAGUGACCCAAACGUCUGCAAUGUUAGUCCUGGCUUUCACGCUGUGCUGGCUUCCAUCCUACGGCCUUACUCUGGCCUUAUUGGCAGAUAAAAGCUCAGGGGCCACUGGCUCCUCACCCCGUUACGGACCCUUCAGCGUGUUUGCACGUCUAAUGGCGACUUCCUCUACUGUGAUGAACCCCAUUCUGUAUGUACUGAUGUCCCAAAAGUUCAGACAAGAUCUACAGGGGCUGUUCAAGAGGAGAGGAGAAAGGACCAGCGGGGGUGUGGCUAUGGCUGCUGCCUGACAGUGAAACUAUUUGAUUUACUGAACACUUGGCACAUAAAAACGUAUUAAAUCAUGACCAAUGGGAAUGACAAUAAAAGACUAACAAGUGAUCUGAAAUAACUGACAACUAUUACCCUCAUGGAAAGAGGCUUCUUAACAAGACAAAGACGACACUACAUUCUUCAUCUUUACUUCUUUACAACACUCAAGACUGGAAGUCUGGAUUUCGUACAAAAAGAUCAAACAAGUAGCCCUGGGACGUGCUGCUCUACUGAGACCACAAGACAAACAAUCCUGAAUCACACUUUUCUUGUAAAACAUUUUAGGGUAAAGGCACUUUGGUGAAACAUUAACUAUGCACCUGUGUUUUGUUGUACUGAGAUAGAGGGAAUAAAGAUCUAUCUGUUCUCAAAGCACAGAUAAAAAAGCUAUUUCAUUUUGUUUGUAGUUUGGA